AUGAAGGGCCCGCUACAGAAAGCCAAAGAUGUACCUUGCAAGCCAUCCAAACCAUGGCUUGGGCUCAUUCUCCUGUCUGUGGUUGUCUUCUCUUCCAAGAAGCGCUGCAGCAGAUAUUGUGCCUAUGGUAUCAAAACUUUUAAAGGUCAGUACUUUCACAGCCGGGAGUACAAACAUCCCGAUCUGUUCAAGGAUAAGAGAGUCCUUGUGAUUGGUAUGGGGAACUCUGGUACAGACAUUGCUGUGGAGGCCAGUCACGUGGCUAAAAAGGUCUUGCUCAGCACCACUGGAGGUGCAUGGAUGAUCAAUCUGGUUUUUGACCGUGGGUAUCCUUGGGACAUGGUGUUCACUUCUCGAUUUCAAAGUGCAUUAAGAAAUUCCCUCCCAACUUCAGUUGUAAACUGGUUAAUUGGCAAAAAGGCAAAUAGCUGGUUUGAUCACGCAAACUAUGGUUUAGUUCCAGAAAACAGGACUUUCCUAAGAGAACCUGUACUGAAUAGUGAGCUCCCAGGAUGCAUAAUUACUGGGAAGGUGUUGAUCAAACCCAGUGUGGAGACAGUGAAGGACAACUCUGUAGUGUUUAAGAAUACUCCAGAAGAAGAACCUGUUGACAUAAUUGUCUUUGCCACAGGAUACACUUUUGCUUUUCCUUUCCUUGAUGAGUCUAUAGUGAAAGUUGAAAACAAUCAGGCCUCUUUGUAUAAGUAUGUAUUCCCUGCACAUCUGGAAAAACCAACCCUGGCUCAAAAGCAACACCACUACAACUUCAGGCAACAAGUAACAAGCUCCAUCAUGGCUGAUGCUAGGAAACAUCAUGUACAGAUUAGGCAGUGA